AUGAAGCUCUACUACGUCGGCGUUCUCGACAACACCAAACAGCCUGCGCUGCAGCUGUGCGCCGCACACGAACUCAGCGACUUCUCGCGCUUCACCCGAAAUGAAUAUGGCAACUUCAUGACGAUGAUCAGCAAGACUGUGGCCGAGCGGACGGGGCCCGGUCAAAGGCAGAGUGUGGAAGAGCAGGACUACGUUGUCCACUGUUACGCCCGGUCCGAGGGCGUCGCUGGCGUGGUUAUUACCAAGGACUACCCGCACCUGGCUGCGCACAGCGUGCUGUCGAAGCUGAUGGACCAGUUCCUGUCCGAGGUUACACUCGACACCAUCAAGGCCGCCGAGAACGACGGCGACGUUUCGUUCCCUGCGCUACAGGAUUACCUCAACAACUACCAAGACGCCAACGAAGCGAGCAGCAUCGCCAAGAUCCAACAGGAACUUGACGAUACCAAGAUUGUUCUGCACAAGGCCAUCGAUAGCGUCCUUCAACGUGGCGAGAAACUGGACGACCUCGUGGCCAAGUCCUCCGACCUCAGCGCUCAGAGCAAGAUGUUCUACAAGUCCGCCAAGAAGCAGAACUCGUGCUGCAUCUUGAUGUAA